CAUGCAAAGCCAAGCAAAUACGGAUAAGCCUCACUCUCAAGCUACUACCGUACAAUUACAUGCCUACUUCAGUCUCCAGCUCCCGCUCUUAACCUCAUUAGCACGGCCAACUCAUUCUUCAGCUCCCAAGGUUCCGGAAGCGGAGAACCAACUGACAGAUAUGAAUCCGCUAUCUGUAACCUUCCUAACUCUCGCUACUAUUAUCAUUCCCUUCGCUCACACAAAAGAUCUCAUCAUCGACACAGAUCUCUUCAGUGAUGUAGAUGAUGCCGGCGCCCUCCUUCUCGCAGCGACAUCGCCCGACGUGAACCUUCUAGCCGUCAACGUCAACUAUCCAUCAAGCUACUCCGCCCUCGCCGCAUCUGCCAUCCUAGCUCACUACGGCCACCCCAACAUCCCCAUCGGCAUCCCCCGCCCUCUAACCAACGCCACCUUCUUUGACGGCUGGUUCUACGAACUAGGCGAGUAUGCGAGCAAGAUCGCCUUCCACUUCUCCGGCGGCAGUCUUCCCUGGGGCCACGCUGAAGAUGCCUGGCAUCCGGUGGCGCUCUAUCGCAAGUCGCUUGCCGAGGCGGAGGACGGCAGCGUGACGAUUGUCUCCAUCGGCUUUCUAGAUAACCUCUCCGCCCUCCUCAACUCGACAGCAGACACCUACUCCCCGCUCACCGGCCGCCAGCUCGUCUCCCGCAAGGUCUCGGAGCUCGUGGUCAUGGGUGGCGGCUACCCGUCCGGACGCAGCUGGAACUUCUGGGGCUCUAGUAAUAACGCCAGCCUCGCCGCGGCGCACGCCCUCAACUCCUGGGACGGCCGGGUAACCUUCGUCGGGGACGACGUCGGCAAGAACGUGUUAUCUGGGGCGCCACUGAUGAGGCAAGGUCCUGAGAGCGAUCCGGUGAGGAAGGCGUACAUCUACUACUCGUACUACCACCCACGCCCCUCCUGGGAUCCGUUGACUGUGCUGUACGCCAUCUACGGUCUGGGGGAUCUGUUCGAGUUUGGGAACGAGUACGGGUAUAAUCAUGUCGAGCCGGAUGGGACGAAUCGGUGGGUCUGGGAUGAGGAGGUCAGGAACCAGCAAUUUCUGAGGCUCAGAGUGGAUAACGAGACUGCUGCUGCCGAGGUAGAUAGGCUGUUCUUGCGCGGUGCGCUUUCAGCAAUGACGGGACAACAGGGGCCUCGGACAGGGGGUUUGCUUUGCAGCUCAUGCGGGCAUGAGGAACUGUGAUUUGAGGGUGGUUGGAGGAUCGGGAAGACCGGAUUGGCUUGUAGAUGAAGCUGUGUGUUAUCAGAG